AACCCUUCUCUCUUUCUCCUUCUAGCAUGGCAUUGUUUUCAUGUGGCCUAUUAGGAGCCUUCCUCCUCCUCUCUUCCUUCCCAUCCCUCACACUCUCGGUGCCGUCUAGACGUCUCCUGGCCACUUCUAGCAUCGUAAUCCAGCAAUACCUGGAGCCGCACAACGCCGUGAGGUCGAAGCUCGGCCUCCCGUCCCUCCAGUGGAGCGAGGCCCUCGCGAGCUAUGCCUCCUGGUGGGCCCACCAGCGGCGAGGAGACUGUGCCCUUGUCCACUCGAGCAUCAACUGUGGAGAGAACCUCUUCUGGGGAGGUGGCCAUGCGUGGAGGCCGUGGGAUGCCGAUGCCGCGUGGGCUGCCGAGGGACCCUACUACGACUACGGCACCAACACAUGUGCGCCGAACCGAGAUUGCACGCAUUACACGCAAGUGGUGUGGAGGCAGAGUCUCCGAGUUGGGUGUGCUAGAGUCAUUUGCGUGAACGGGGACACGUUCAUAACUUGUAACUACGAUCCUCACGGUAAUGUGAUAGGCCAAAGGCCUUACUGAAAAAAAAAUAAAAAUUUGGAGGUUGAUUUGGUAGAAUUGAUUCAGUUUUAGAGGUCGAUCCUCAUGAUGUAUCGAUUUUGUGCGUAAAAAUACUGAUUGAUAGACUUUCAAAAUUCCUCAAACUUGGGAAGUCUAGUAUUGGAA